CCAUAAGCACCAACGGAAAAGCAGAGCCUUCUGUCCCCGGCCGGUACGGUCCGCCAUGGCUCUGGAUGCGAGGUCCCUGCUUCCGGUAGUGUCCGUCGUCGUCGUCCCCGCCCUCGAACUCGAAGUCUGCUCCGGGAUGAUGCCGAGAACCAGGAACGGCGGCGGCGUCCCGUCCGCGACGACGACGGGCGCGGCGGAGGUGUCCGUCGUGGACGUGCCGGCGCUGUGGAGUGACGAGGGGAGGAUGAAGCGGGAGCUGGUCGCGUGGGCCAAGGCCGUGGCGUCCAUGGCCAUCAGGGAAACCAUGAAGUGCUGAAACUUCGUUCCUUAAUUCGUGCAUAUAUAGAGCCCUGAUGAUGCACAUCUCUUUGUUUGUUUUUUCCUCUCGUGCUGCUGAGUCCUUUCUUUGUUGUACAUGUUCGGUUGAUCAUUUCGGCUUGUACAUGUUCUUUUUUGGAAAGGAUGCAAGAGAGAACUUCAGAUGUUUUGUCGCACAGAAUAUUUUGGAUGUGCGUUCC